UGGGGCUGUGAUUCCGUCGGCGUUUCAGAACCGGAAAUUUGGCGCGGCAAAUGGAGCUACCGGCGUCGGCUUUCCAGCCGGAGCUCCGCCGUUCCUUGGAAUCUCUAUCUCCGUUGGAUUCAUAUUUCUGGUGCGGCACUCCGCGGCGGGAAAGGAUCGGUACAUCGUCACGUCUAGACCUUCCUGUUUGGAAAUUUCCUCGCGGAAUCUCGGCCUCUGCUAAUCCUCCCCACUGUAUAAGUGAGGUGGUCGAUUUCGAACCGCGUGGUUUUGGAGAGAAGGGACGCAUUCACUUCGUCGGAGUUGGAGGCAGUGGAUUAUCCGCCCUCGCUAUGCUUGCGCUUAAACAAGGCUACAUGGUUAGUGGUUCGGAUAUAGCGUGGAGUAGCUACAUGGAUGCAUUAAAGGAAGCAGGUGCGUCGCUGUUUGUGGGUCACUCUGAGAGAAAUUUGCACUGGAAUGGCGAGAUAUCGAGUUUUCCUCAGGCAGUUGUUGUGUCGAGUGCGAUUCCACCUGAAAAUGUGGAGGUUUUGAUUGCCAAAUCUCGUGGAGUACCAAUGUACAAACGAGGUGCAUGGUUGGGAAAAAUUACCAAGGAUUACAACUUGAUUGCUGUCAGUGGGAGCCACGGCAAGAGUACCACAGCAAGUAUGCUCGCUUAUGUAUUAAAGGCCAUGGGAGAUGAUCUGACAGCUGUCAUUGGGGCACAAGUGCCGCAGUUUUCUGGAGGUAAUGUUAUUUAUGGGGAUUCUCACAACUUCGUACUAGAGGCUGAUGAAUAUGAUGGUUGCUUCCUUGGAUUAUUACCUCAUGUAGCCAUAGUAACAAAUUUGGACUGGGAGCAUGUUGAUAUAUAUCAAGAUAAGGAGGCUGUCAAAGAAAUUUUCAGGAAGUUCCUAGAGAGAGCAUGGCCAGAGCCUAGAUACAAUAUUACUACUUUUGGAAUGUCAAGUUACAAUAACUGGCAGGCUUCAUCAGUUUCUCCAAACUCUCAUGGUGGUUGUGACUAUCAACUGUGUCACAAUGGACAUCCUGUCACUGUGAUCAGCUUGCAAAUACCUGGAGACCAUAAUGUACUUAAUUCAUUAGCGGUGAUUGCUGCAUUAAAUGCUUUAUUUGGUGACGAUAGACAAAUCUACGAAUCAAUUGAUAAAGUGAAGUCACAUUUGAAUAGCUUUAAAGGCAUCUCCAGACGUUUUGAGUAUAUUGGCAAAAUUCAUGGAUGUUGUAUAUUUGACGACUAUGCUCAUCAUCCCACCGAGGUCCGCUGUGUUCUUCAAGCAGCAAGAAGGAUUUUUCCUUUAGAGGAGCUUUUGGUAGUUUUCCAGCCUCACACUUACAGUCGCCUGGCUGCAUUGAUGAGUGAGUUCGCCUCUGCAUUCAGAGAAGCAGAUCAAGUCAUAGUUACUGAGGUCUAUGCUGCCAGGGAAACUAACGUUUGGAAUAUUAGCGGAGAGGAUCUGGCUAUGUUUGUAGCCAGUCCAACAUGCGAUUUUAUCCCACGCCUGGAGAAUGUGAUCAGUGAGCUGGUGAAUAUGGUAUCUGAGAACCGUCAGCGUCAGCUUGUGAUCUUGACACUAGGAGCGGGUGAUAUAACUCUGGUUGGACGGAAGGUGCUCCGAGAAUUGGAACAAAAGUUCAAUCAGGAGUCAAGCCUGCAAUUUCUGUAGAAUGAAGAUGCCCUUCUAUGACUUACUGUUACUGAUAUUCGAAUUUACCCACAGGUUUUGUUGAUUGCCUUUGCAAGUCACACUAUAAGAUGAAUACUCUAUCUGCUAUAAAAUGUGUGUACAUGUUUGAGAUUUUCCUCCAACUGC